AUGGAAAAAAACAAUCCACGAGGAAUUUAUCAAUUUCCGCGAUGGAGAUCAAUUGAUGCUCUGAGCGCAUCGCUGGUAGCUUCCAGAAGCAAUAUAUCACUACCAACAGAUAGUAAUUUACCAUUACAUCGACUGCAACUGAUGAAAUUAACAGAAGAAUUGGCUGAGAAAAAUAAAGAGGAGAUACACAGAAAAAUUGCAAGAGUGAAUGCUGCCAAAAUGAAACGACACAGUUUGGUUGAUUCUAAAGUGCUGCAGUUGGAUUAUAAGCCGUGGUAUGAUCAAAAAGUAAUCAGCGAAAACAUCAUCCGUGAUUCAAUUGCUGAUUCCAAAAAAACUCGAAGAUUAUUUGAAAAUAAACUAAACUCUAAAGGUAAAUUAUUUAUUCAUUCCAUACGUAUUAAUAUUUAA